AUGGGACGACUCCCCACAGUCGCGGACUUCCCCAAGAAGCUCAAGCUGAACAUUGUGCCGCCACCCAAAGACGCCCCACCCACCAACAUCCUCGUCCUCCUCCACGGUCUAGGCGACAACCAUGAAUCCUUCACGGCCCUAGGAAAACAAAUGAACCUCCCAGAAACAGCAUGCAUCUCCCUCCUAGGCCCCCAGAAUCUCCUCGAUCUAGGAGGUUUCCACUGGGGCGACGACAUCAUGUUCGACUCCACCUCCGGCGGACUAGACCCGGACGCAGGUUUCAAGCAAAGCACCGAGGUGUUGAAAAGUCUCAUUAUCCAAGACGUGCUGGUGGAGAAAUGCGGCUACAAACCACGAGAAAUCAUGUUCUUUGGUUUCGGGCAGGGAGGAAUGGCAGCUUUGGAUCUCGCUGUCGCCCUCCAUCAAGCCUCUCCCCCCCUUGAACUAGGAGGUAUAAUUAGCAUCGGAGCACCCCUCCCCUCAUCAGCCCCAUCAUCUCUCGACCCCCCAAAAUGCAAAACCCCCAUCUUAAUCUGCGCGGGAAACGACGACUCCACCGUGACAUCUUCCGCAGAAGAGAAACUCAAACACGUCUUUCACUACGUGGAAGUCAAACGCUAUCGGAAAUCAGGAGAUUCCAUGCCGAAUAGUAGGGAUGAAAUGUUGCCCAUUAUGCAAUUCUUCUCCAGGAGAUUGAGGAGUGUGGCGGGAGUUCCUGAGGGGGCUGUGGAAGUGGGGAGCUAG